AUGAAAUAAAUGAAACUUAGCCAGACUUAUCUUUCCUCCCAUCUUCUUUUCCAUCUAGAACUAAGAAUGAGAAGGAUUGCCUUCAGUGGUGUUUUUGUCUUAUUCUGCCUCUUAGGUGAUGUUGGAGGUCUGGUUUGCAGGUCAUGCAACCUUUCAAUCCCCUUCCAUGGAUGUCUUUUAGACUUUGGAACCUGCACAGCAAAACCUGAUCAGUACUGUUUUAAAGAGGUCCACAGUAAACGUGGAAUUCGCUGGUUUUCAAUUAAAAGCUGCUCAGAAUCCAAAUUGGAUUGCUUCAAGAGAAUUGUGAAAAAUUAUGAAGUUAUUUCUACUCACUGCUGCCGUCGUCCAUUGUGCAAUUUCUGA